GCUCCACCCAAGUGGGAACUGGGAAGUAGACCCUCCGUUCCAACUCCAAACCCACCUACUGGUCAAACCGGCGCUUCACAUCCACCAGAACGAGGACCGACUGGUUCACAGAACCCCUCCUCUCUCUCUCUCUCUCUCUCUCUCUCUCUCUCUCAAUACACGUCGACGUCGGUUCACCAAAUUGUAAUUUACUAUAAUCCUCGUUAAUACUUGCAGUCCCUCCGGCAAUGAAUUCCGAUUCGAACUCGCCGGAUGCCUCCGACGAUCCCGGCGCCCAAAAUCCUAGCCCUACUUCAGUUGAUCGGACCGUAGGCGCCGUCGAAGAUCAAUUGCACUCAAUCGCAUUGUCACGUCCAAAUGACGUCGUUCCCAACGAUUCCUCCUCCCUCGAACAAGACGGCCUAAAUGGACCGCCUUUGGACGAGAACCCCAAUCAGGACAAUAACGCGGUUGGAGAGAUCGGAGACGAGAUUAGUAGCAGUUUAGUGCAUGAGUCGUCUCGGGAAGCUGAAAUUGUGGAGGAGGGUCUGGAGAGCGUUGUGCUGUGGAGGACUACCAAUUCGGAGCUGGAAACGGACCGGCCAUCGAGCCCGAGCAGCAGCGGCUAUGACGGCGAGAGGGGGAGCACCAGUGCCUCCGUUGCUUCGGAGAUUGAGGAACUUCGUCAAGACGAAAUUCGUGAAAUUUGGGAUGAUAAAUUUUUCAACGGAGUUUCGGAUUCACAAGCGCGGGGUAAGCGGCAUCCCGAUGAAGAUGAUGCUUCUCUUUCAUGGAGGAAAAGGAAGAAGCACUUUUUUAUUCUGAGUCACUCUGGCAAACCAAUAUACUCCAGACACGGCGAUGAACAUAAGUUGGCGGGAUUUUCAGCGACUCUGCAAGCAAUCAUUUCCUUCGUAGAGAACGGGGGGGACAAAAUCAAAUUGGUAAGAGCAGGCAAACAUCAGGUGGUUUUUCUUGUUAAAGGACCAAUCUACUUAGUUUGCAUAAGCUGUACAGAGGAGCCUUAUGAAUCAUUGAGGGGGCAAUUGGAGCUGAUAUAUGGUCAGAUGAUACUUAUUCUUACAAAGUCCGUAAACAGAUGUUUCGAGAAGAAUCCUAAGUUUGAUAUGACACCUUUGCUUGGAGGAACAGAUGUUGUCUUCUCUUCUCUCAUUCAUUCUUUCAGUUGGAACCCAGCCACUUUUCUUCAUGCAUAUACUUGUCUUCCACUUGCAUAUGCUACAAGGCAAGCUGCAGGUUCCAUAUUACAAGAUGUUGCUGAUUCAGGUGUCCUGUUUGCAAUAUUAAUGUGCAAAAACAAGGUUCUCAGCCUUGCUGGUUCUCAAAAAGCAUCUCUUCAUCCAGAUGAUAUGCUUCUGCUUUCCAAUUUUGUUAUGUCAUCUGAAUCAUUCAGGACAUCUGAAUCUUUCUCACCUAUUUGCCUGCCAAGAUAUAAUCCCAUGGCAUUCUUAUAUGCAUAUGUUUAUUAUCUUGAUGUUGACUCAUACUUAAUGUUGCUUACCACACGUUCUGAUGCCUUUUAUCAUCUUAAAGAUUGCAGGAUUCGUAUUGAGAUGGUCCUUUUGAAGUCAAAUGUCCUCAGUGAAGUUCAAAGAUCCAUGCUAGAUGGUGGCAUGCGUGUUGAAGAUCUGCCUGUUGAUCCAUCUUCUCGCUCAGGAUCUUUAUCUCAUUUAGGUGAGCCUAGACUUGCAACAGACUCAGCAGACAGAUUACAAGAAGCAUUUGUGGGUAUUGGUGGCCCUGGUGGACUUUGGCAUUUCAUAUAUGUUAGCAUUUACCUGGACCAGUAUAUAUCUUCUGAGUUCUCGUCACCAAUAGACAGCCCACAACAGCAGAAAAGAUUGUAUAGGGCUUACCAAAAGCUUUAUGUUUCAAUGCAUGAUGAACUAAUUGGACAACCCCACAAAACUCAGUUUAGAAGAGACAAGAACUAUGUUCUGCUCUGUUGGCUUACCCAGGAUUUUGAACUCUAUGCAGCAUUCGACCCCCUUGCAGAUAAGGUGCAAUUUUGCUAAUCCAUUAGAAUGUUGUCAUAUGACUGCUUUGGCCAUAAAGACUUGCAGCCGGGUGUGUGAAUGGGUGAAAGAUAUGGAAAAUGAAAUUUUCUUGCUGGGAGCUAGCCCCUUUUCAUGGUGAUUCUCCUUUCACAGGUGUAUUAAAUUAUUCUAAGUUUUAGUUCUGCCAAAAUGUUAAGAUGCACACCAGCUGGCGUUUCCAUGGAUGUGAUUUUGGUCUCUUUACAGUUCGUUACAUGCGGUGCCAAUCAAUUAAGGCGAUGCCAAUGGUAAUUGAUUUCUUCAGAUACUACGUUAAGAGGAAUCAAUUCUAACUUCUAUAGGAUAUUGGAGUCCACUGGAUCUUAUUCAUCAACUCCUGCCCUGCCCUGCCCUGCCCAGCCCACGGUAGAGACGACGACCGUUCUUCUUUCUGCAGCCACUUCACUUGGUUGAAUUGCAGAGCUCUAAUUCUAACUAUAAUGUUCCUUUUUGGAAUUGCUAUCACAUUCACUGCAAUCAAAAUAAAAAAAUAUAUUAGAACAGAUAAAAUUUUUAACCCCCCUGGGAUUGAAUUAUGAAUUAAAUUUAGAACCCCUUUGGCCGACGGAGUCCUUGGGUGCCAUUAUUCAAAAUUCAUAUAAAAUUCAAGAACCAAGAUUUGGAGGCAGGAUCCGACAGCACCUGCACAAUAUAGAAGAAUGAGCGUUUUGACUCAUUUCCAUCA